AUGUCCUCCCCUUCUUCACCCCUGUCCACUAAACCAAAUGGGCUCAAGCGAUCGAAAACGUUUACAGGAUGUUUCACAUGCCGAAUAAGAAAAAUCAAGUGUGACCUAAAGCGGCCUCAAUGUGAUAAAUGUAUCAAGGCAAAGCUCACAUGUGCCGGCUACGACGUCAAGCUCCGAUGGUCCCAACCAAUUCAGUUUGUGCCGUUAAGUAAUGGUGACGUGAAAGGUACCCUGGUGAAGUUCCCCACCUUGGAAGAUGGAGACAGUCUCGAUGUGAGCGAUACUGAUGCAAAUACCGAUACACUUGAGUUUUACCAUCGGCGAUUUGUUGAGUUUGUGAAAUGGGACGAGCCGUACACAACAUACGAUCAGAUGAAUUACGACCUCGCUUUUCUUCAGAAUAAUAGAGUAGCUGCCAAAUUGAAAUCGCAUGGCGAUACCAAGAUGAAAGGACCUUUUGGUGUGUUUCAGGGCAUAAUUGACAAGCGCAAUAACGAAGGACUAGAUGUCUUGCAGAAACUGAAAUGGAGAAAGAUUGUACAGGAGAAAGAAAAUGGCUUGCCGGUCAGUGACAAGUCUGGUCUCAAAAGUAACAACGAAAUUGAUGUGAUACCUAACGAUGCCCCAUCACAAGAUCAAUUCUGGUUAUCCAACGAAUUGAAGGAUGCAGCUUUGGUGACUGCAGCAGCUUUGAAUACUCAUUUUUUAGACAUUAUGAACAACUUUGACAACAAUGGAAACGUAUUGCCUCAGUCAAGUAAUCAGAGGAGCAACACAGCAAACGAUCUAAAUUACAAUUUGAACAAUCCUGAUUUGUUCAACUUGGUGUUUCAUAACAAAGGUCAAAAUUUCAACACAGUGCAGCCCCAAACCUCCAACUCCAACUCAAACAUGUCAAUGUCGAAUCUCCUAAAUCAACAGGAAAACCUCAUGGAUCCCAUCUACUAUUCCAAUUUCUCAAAUUAUUUUUACAACAAUCCCUAUCAAAUGAAUGAAAAUUUGGAGAUACAGUUACAUGCGCAAACUACUAGUGCAGACGACACUGAGUACGUUGACGGAGAUCAUUCCAAUGAUAGCAAAUUGUUAGCAUCGAUUAUGAAAAUAGUGCAGAGCCCACUCAAUGUCAAUUUCGACUUGACUUUACCGACACGUCAAUCGCACGUGGGUAUUCCAUUAACUGCCUUACAGGUUCAGCCAUUGACACGAUACUUGCUCAACUAUUAUGUCACCGAUGUUGCCGAUUUAAUGACAGUCAUACCUCUCACUGAAAAUCCAUGGAAGGCGAUUUAUUUUCCACGUGCAUUAAUGGCAAUUGGAGAACUUCUGGCCUUGGGUAAAACCUCAAUGGCUAAAAACGCAUUGUUGAAUGCAUUACUUGCGGUCUCGGCAUUCAACUUGCAAUCCAAAUUCCCAAAAAACUCGCAACCUAUGCGAUUUUAUUUGAACUUGGGUAUUGCAUUACGUAACCAGGCAAGUUUGUUUGUGAAGAAGUUGUUGAAUCUGAAAAAUGAUGUGCAAUCGGGUAUUGAGCAUUGUGUGACGCAAGAAAAGUAUAAGGAUGUGCUUUGUGCUGUAAUGACUAUGAUUAGUGUUGAUUUAGUUUGGGGUACUAUGCAAGAUACUGGAUUAUACAUUGCGUGGUGUGGGAAGGUUAUUGUUGCCAAAAUGGCAAAGAAAAAGAAACUAUCUCCCAAGGCACGGAUAUUACAUCGUAUUUUUUCGUCUUUAAAGUUGAUACAAGACUCGACUUGUUUAAAUUUUGAAAGUAUCAAGGAAAACUAUGAAUCUUCUACGGGAAUUGGUGGAUAUGACGUUAAUGGAGAUAAGUUUGGCAAUGAUCGAGAAAAGUCGAAAGAUAGUGAUAAGGGCCGGAUAGAUUUCAUCGUGAACAAUUCCUUUUCCAGUAACAAGAUUGGUGAUAUGUCCUCAUUUACCGCCAAUACAACUGCAUCACCCCAAUUCGUUAAUAAAAAGUUGAUCAACACCAAAAAGAAUGAUGAGAACUUCGCCACCGAUGCCUUAUAUGGGUUGCCCAAUUCGUUGAUAUUGCUAUUCAGUGAGACUGUUGAGUUGUUGAGGAUACGAAUCUACUACACCACUUCGAAAAAACAACUACCUAGUGAUUUCGAGGACAGAGUGCUGGUGUUGAAUGACAAGUUGAAAGUUUGGGUAUUGGAUUGGGAACUUUACAAGGGACAAGAGAUGAACCCUGAACAAAAUGAAAAAGGACAGACUGAUGUCACGCCAAGUGCCACCAACUCUGGUUAUGAUGAGGACGACGAAGACGGGAGGAAGAAAGAGUUUUACUCUCCGAUGCACGAAGUCACAUACCACCAUAUUAUGUCGUUUUAUCACGCCCUUGUCAUCUACUUUAGCCGCUUCAUAAAGGACGUGUCUCCAACAAGGCUACAAACGAGGGUUGUGAAAACCCUCAAUCAUUUGAAUUCGAUUCAGGAUCUCAUUGCCAAAGACGAGGCGGCGAUUAUACCAUUGUUCUGGCAAGGGUUUAUUGCUGGUUGCGAAGCACUUUCGACGGAAUUGCAGAUGGGAUUCAAAAAAUGGGGUGCCGACAUUGCCCAGUACUUGGGAUCGUAUUGGGGCGCUAGACAAAUUAUGUUGGAAGUCUGGCGAAGAAAGAGUUUAAAGGAGCCGAGAGACGAUUGGGUUAGUGUGGUGCAGGAUUGGGAAAUGAACUUGAUGUUGAAUUAG